UGCGCCGCGCCUGGUACAGCAUGGCCGAGACAGGACUCAACGGGAGCUUCACAUUGGAGCUGAGCUACGGUGGCCACGUUGUCCCCCUGUGGCGAAGCCCAGCCUCGUCCUCUGGUGCCCGGCGCCCCCUGCUGGCCUACACCGGAAGAGUCUGUGGCGCUUUCCUGGUGACCUUUUCCUCGGUGGCAAGUGUGGCGCUGGAUGAUGUGCAGUUCAGGAACUGUGGCCCCCAAAGUCCCCGGAGGUGCACCCCAGACGAGCGCCCGUGCCUGCCAAGUGGCUGCAUGACCUCUGCCCGCCAUUGUGAUGGCACCAAGGACUGUGGCAAUGGCGGCGACGAAUGGGGUUGCAAGACCUUCCUCUCAUGCUUCUUCUGGGAGGGCUGGAGCAGGUGGGCAGCAGAUGCCAACCAGAACCUCUCCUGGGCGAGGAACUGCAGCUCCCAGGCGCCACCGUCCCCAGCCCGCCCCACCCACGACCAGACCACCAACAUGCCGGAAGAUGGUAGACAUGACAGCUGA